AUGGAACAUCUUCGAGAACAGACGUUGGUCCCAAAGAAACGGAUUUCUCGGCAAGAAAAAGUAAUGGGUGAUGUUGCAAAAACACGCGAAAAUAUCCCGAAACAUGGAUCAUUUGCUGCUCCUGGAGAACUUAAUUUGGCUAAAAAGAAAAGAGUGGUGAAACUUGACGACAAAGUUACUGUCAAAACUGGAAAAAAGACGCGACAAUAUGUUAAACAAGAAAAAUCUUCAAGGAAAACCAAACGACACGAUCCAAUAAUCAACAAUCUAGUUGAACAAGGAUGGACUGUUAUAAACACUAGUCGUUACCAGAUCACAGUGGUCAAACUUCCCGAAGAUCAAGCAUCGCCUCAAAAAGCUACACCAAACAAAAAGGGAAGCGAAAACCGUUCAGAGAUGUUCGACAAUCAAGUUGGAGUGUCUCAUGAGAAAAACACUUUAUUACGAAGAUUUAUAAAAAGAUCUCAGAGAGUUAUUGGGAGAUUUUUUAUUUGCGGAAAGAAGGAAGUUUGA